AAACUGCUGCUGUUUGUCUCCACAGAUCCGAGUGCGGUGGGUUCGACCCGGAGCUACGCCUGCGUUCAGUGCGGACGGUCGUACCGCCACGCCAGCUCGCUGCUCAACCACAAGAACAGCCACAAGACCGGCACCUACUUCUGCAACUCCUGCCAGAAGGAGUUCCCCAACCUGAUGUCCCUGAAGAACCACCGGCGGAUCCACACCGAGCCCAAGCGCUACCAGUGCCCCGACUGCGGGAAGUCCUUCCGCGUGUCCACGGCGCUUGCCUGCCACCGCCGCAUCCACACCAAGGAGAAGCCCUUCUCCUGCCAGCAGUGCGACAAACGCUUCACGUCCCGCUCCAAUGUAAGGCACCACAUGAAGGUGCACUGGAGGGGUCCGCCGCUGUCCAGAGGGACGGCAUCCGCCUUCCUCAGCCUCCCUUCCAGGCCGCUCAACUAACACCUCAUAAUUCAAUUCAGGUCACUUUUAUUCAUAGUGUUGGAUUCUAACAGGAGUAAUCUCUGGACACU